AUGAUGUAUGAAACUUAUGGAUUAGGUAAUGGAUAUUUAAAUUUGUAUUAAAUCAAAUCUUAAUUCCAAGUGAGUACUUGGCGUAAUAGUGCGACAGUUGAAGAGGCAUUUAAUUAUUUGAUGAAUGUUUUUACUCCAAAAUAUUUUGCUAGCCAAUUUAAGUCAUCUCAUAUUCCACUUUCAAAUUUAAUUGUAGCCUAGACAAGAAAUGCUAUAUAUAAAUGCAAUACUAAUGUUAUAAAUUGCGAAUAUGGAUCAGAGUAAUAUUAGGAAGUAUAAUUCCAAGCUUUGGAUGCCAAUAAAUGCGUCUCUAAAAAUUGUUCCGAAUUCAUUUCAAGUCAAAAUGCUUUUGGAGGAAUAUAAAUAGGAAUAGAUGGUCAUUACUAAACCUAUUACGAUUUCUAUUAUUAUAGUGUAUUAAAAAUAGCAGAUAAUUACACCGAUUUCUAUACAAAGUUGAUUGAAAAUAAAUGGGUUGAUAAUCAUACUGAAUCUAUAGGGAUAUUUGGAUCACUUUACGAUUUGAAUAGUUAGCAGUAAGUUCAGAUAACUUUGCUGUUGGAAUAGCAAUAUGCUAAAUUCCCCUUAUCUUUAUAGGAAACAUUUUUCCAAUUGCCAUUUUUUGAUUUCAAAGACACUCUGCAUAUAUUGCUGUUUUCCUAUUUGAUAUUUAUUGGUCUUCUGAAAAUAUUUAGAACCAUGUUGGAAUUAACCUAUAUAUUUUCAAGAUUCAAUUUUUUUUUCUAAUUGUACAACUUUGCAGCACUUAUUGUGUAUUGCAUAGUGCAUUUUCAGAUUCUUAUAGUGAGAGAUCAAGCUUAAGAUAACAACUUACUGUUUUCUAGAACAGUUUUAGAAAAGAAUUUUAGUGGGAAGAUCUUAUCUGUUGGAACUGCCCUACUAAUUAAUGAUUAUUAAACAACCGAGGAUGUAGGGAAAGUCCUGCUUUUAUUAAGUUAUCCAUAUUCAUUUGUGCAAUUUAUAUUGUUUUUUAAUGCGGAGUGGAUACAGAAUUAUCACACGUUAUAGAUGCGUACAAUGCCUGGAUUAUUGACUUGUACUGUCUUAUCUUUAUCAAUGUACACCUUAACAGUUUUGCCUCAAGGCUUUUUAGAUAAAUAAUAUAGGACUGGUCACCACUCUAUCAACUAUAUAGCUUAUCUAUUUGCUUAAUUGUUUUUAGACAAUUAUCAAGAAAAUGAAGAAGAAAAAUAAUUAUUAAGCAUCAUAAUUGAGAUCCUGCAUUAUCUAUUUCAGAUUCUAAUAGCUUUGUAUGUGAUUGCAUUGUCAAUAGAGGGGUUCAGGAAGGCUUCAAUUUAUGAGAUGCCCUAUCAAACCAAGUAUGACAAAGAGUUCAUAUAAAAUUUUGAUAAUCUUAACAUAAAAAUAAAUAAGGUCUUAAAAUAGGUGUAGAAGUUGUUUAUAAAGGAGAAACAAUCUCAAGGGAAGAAAAUAAUUAGAAGAGAAGAAGAUAAAUAAUCUUAAAUUUUGGAUGACGAAGAAACCUUAAGUGAUCUGUCGGAAUCUAAGUCUGAUAAAAUACUGAUAGUUUUUGAAAUUAAUAAUGCAUUCCUAGAGGAUAUUAAUAGAUUCAAAGCCAGAAGAGAUGCUAAUCAAUAUGCAUAAAAGAGAGUGAAGUAUUCGAAAUCCAGCAAGGAUUAAGCUUCGUCUUAAAAGAUAAGAAUUAUUCAAUCUCUGCUUUAAAAGGAUAAGGUCAAUCAAAGGUUGCAAGUAAUGCUUAGCAAACAUUGUAAUUAUGAAUAAAUAUUUUGA